AUGCAUACUAAAUAUAAGGGCGAGGGUCGGCGUAUAUCUUGGGAGUAUCAACUCACCUUAGCGGGUUUUCCCACUGUCGUCGGGACCACAAGGCUAAGACGGGGAGCGAAGGGGACAAGCGAAGGCGGUGGUGAUCCGAAGAAGAUUCCGGACAAGAAUUGCAACCAGCGGGCCACAUGGGCUCAAGACGAGACAAUAAAUAAAAGACCCUUUGCUACAGCGUCUGUGCGCGUGUCUGAGGGAAUAUAUUCCGGUGUUAAUGUGGCGUCGCGGGGAAGAAAAAACAAUUGCGUAAACAAGAGGCUGCGUAGAACCCCUCAACCCCCAAGUCCUCAGCCACUACAUUCCUCCUGGCCGUCGAGUGUCUCAGCUCCCGUGGCGGCGGUCGAGGCUCUGGGGGCGAUGUCUGGCGGUGAUGAGGUGGUGGUGAGGACGAGGCUACGUACGGGCUGUGACAGGAGUGAUGAUGAGGACAAGGCUGCGGGCGGUGACAGGAGUGAUGGUGAGGACGAGGCUACGGGCUGUGACAGGAGUGAUGGUGAGGACAAGGCUGCGGGCGGUGACAGGAGUGAUGGUGAGGACAAGGUUGCGGGUGGUGACAGGAGUGAUGGUGAGGACGAGGCUACGGGCUGUGACAGGAGUGAUGGUGAGGACAAGGUUGCGGGUGGUGACAGGAGUGAUGGUGAGGACAAGGUUGCGGGUGGUGACAGGAGUGAUGGUGAGGACAAGGCUGUGAGAAACGACAGAAGCGAUGGUAACAGCAAGACUGCAAGAGGUGAUGGUGAGAGCAAAGGGAAGGGUAUUGCUCCUCUCACCCAGGAAGUGAGGCUGGCUGUGGGUCCCGUUGAGAGGGUGACUGUUGAUGAGCAGGAUGAGAACGAGAGUUACUUGUCUCGCCUGUGCUCUGGCAGGUACCAACCCAGUGUAAGGCCUGUGGGGCAAGGGAACUCCACCAUCUCCAGAAAGUAUCCAUAG